AUGAUUUUUUCGCUUCUUCUAGUGUAUGAGUCGUUCGUUGUGCUUGGACAUAGUCAAGGAGGGGUCGCUCCUUGGUGUGUCGCUCAAAAACAUGCUGUAUCGAACAUUCCGGGUUAUCUCGGUGCCAUUGCCAUCUCUCCCGCCACAAGUGUUCUCGAUAACCCCGAGCCUUUUGGAAGCCUGAUAGCUGCAAAUAUGGCUCCUGGAAUUGCGGUGUUAUACCCCGAAUUCGAUUACAAUGAAUUCUUUACAUCUGAAGGCCUAGAGCUAUUCAACAAUAUCAUUAAGCUUGAUUGCGCUUCCUCAAUAACCAUACCAAUAUUACUCACGCUUGAUGGCAAGUUACUAAAACCAGACUGGGCAUCCAAUGAAUGGCUUUUGGAAUACGACAAUCUGACAGCAAACGGAGGACGCAGGAUUUCUGGACCUCUUCUCGUAAUCCAAGGCGAUAAGGAUCCAAUGGUCAACUCUAACAACACGAUGAAAAACUUGAGGCUGCACUUGAUCUCUCUCCCACAUCUCACGUCCAACUUUUCCGUCUCCCAGGAACCUCACAUACCCCUGCUAUCACAGGCUCUCAAAUAA